CCCGGAGCACCUAUGGGGUGAGCCGGCGGGCGUGCUGCGUAUCCGCCUGGAUCAGGGCAUAACGGUUUCCGGUAGCGGUAGCUCGGAGGGGCGGGGACCGCGCCACCCCAGCAGCAACCCCACGCGAGCAUGAGUUGUGGGGCGUCUGAGCCCGAGUUCAUGGAAAGCGAAGAGUCCGUGGCGGCCCCGGGUGUACCCCCAGUGCCGCGAGCUCCGGAACCCCGCAUCCCCGUACCGGAGCCCGGCUUAGACCUGAGCCUGAGCCCGCUGCCUGACAGCCCCGAGCGGCGGAGCGGCAGCCCGGGGCGGCGGAAGGGGCGUGCGGAGCGCCGGGACCGGGGCCGGGGCCGGGGCCGGAGCGGGAGGCAGGUCCGUUUCCGCCUGGCGCCGCCCUCCCCGGUGCGACCGGAGCCGCCGGCCGCGGCGGAUGCACCGAGCGAGCGGCUCGCGGCGCCGCGGGAGCUGGAGGCGCCGGUCCCGCACAGCAGCUUGGCCUUGGGCCUGGAGCUGCGGGCCGCCUCCGGAGCUCAGUUCGAUGCGGCGAAGGCCGUGGAGGAGCAGCUGAGGAAGUCGUUCCAGACCCGCUGCGUCCUGGAGGAGAGCGUGGCGGAGGGCUUGAACGUGCCGCGCUCCAAGCGGCUUUUCCGCGACCUGGUGAGCCUGCAGGUGCCCGAGGAGCAGGUGCUCAACGCGGCGCUCCGGGAGAAGCUGGCGCUCCUGCCGCCGCAGGCCCGAGCCCCGCCCCCGAAGGAGCCACCUGGGCCCGGGCCGGACAUGACCAUCCUGUGCGACCCGAACACUCUAUGUUACGAGUCCCCGUACCUGACCGUGGACGGGCUGCCUCCGCUGCGGCUUCAGGCCCGGCCCCGCCCUUCCGAGGAUACCUUCCUCAUGCACCGGACGCUGAGGAGGUGGGAAGCUUAGACUUCAACUCGCUGGAUUACUCGUUUUUUGUGUUUAAACUUUUUUUAAUUUAAAUAAAGUUGUUUUUGCAAACGGC